AGAAUUGCUGUGCACAACCUGCCCUAUAGCACCAAUAAAAUACUGAGGAAGUAUUCAGUCAAACCUUGCUACUGUAAGUGCUUCUCUUGGCAGUGGGGCUGAACCUGGCCGUUACCUUCCUGGGAGAGGGAAGGUGAUGUCACGGAGAUUAUUAGUGGGAGUUCCUCCUUUCCUGGUUACUGCAGGGCUUACAAAGGGGAUGCCUUUGUCUCAUUUUAUUCAUAAUGACCUCUUAAGGCAUUUCAUGGUGGAAGAGCCUCCUUUGAAACCAGAGGGGGCUGUAACGAGACAAAGAGCCUUCCCUGCCUAUUUAUAUUUGCUUUCACUGUCACUGGCUCCUCCUGUCGUCCAGGACAGAGGAUUAAUCUCUCUGAUCCCUCUAUUUCUAGUUGUAAAAGCGCAGCGUGCUGUUGAGGGUGUUUCACUACUAGGCCAAUCCUUGUUAUAAUCUCUUGUAACUACGAAAGCAUCAGAAGAGAAAGGCUAAUGGAAAAACGUGGCAUAUUUAAAAGAUAAAAGCAUAUUUAUAGGGGGAAAAAAAUCUUCCCUGUGAGGGUGGUGAGGCGCUGGCACAGGUUGCCCAGAGAAGCUGUGGCUGCCCCAUCCCUGGCAGUGUUCAAGGCCAGGUUGGACAGGGCUUGGAGCAACCUGGUCUGGUGGAAGGUGUCCCUGCCUGUGGAGGAGGAAGAAAGGGGUUUAUGUGUGUGAAACUAGAUGAUCUUGAGGGUCCCUUUCAACUCAAAGCAUUCUGUGAUUCCAUAGCUUCUGUGUGUGUAUGUGUUUUUCUCUGUGUAUAUAUAUAUUUAUGAGAAGAUUGAUGGAUUGAAAUACAGGGAGUGAUGCAAUAUAAGGUUCUGCCAUGCCUUCAUAACAUGGGCCACAUUAUAGCAAGAAAUUCUUGCAAAUGUCUCCUCUUGCCGUGUCUGAAUGGGGUUUUGUCCUACUUUUGCCCGUUUCCCGUGGCCUCCUUCAGCAGACCACUCUUAAGGAACUUGCACUUAACAGCACAAUGAACUCUGCUGCAAUAAAUAGAAAGUGAAAGUUGGCAGUGGCUUUUCUGUUCUUGAUAAGCCUGGUGAAGUCUGACCUAGCAGAGCUACAUGAAGAGCACUAGGGUAAUAGUUUACCGUAGGUGAUGACAAAGAGGAAAAUACACAUGGGAGCAGUCUGGCUCUUUCUGAAGUUAACAGGAGGCUUUGUUUUUUCCUUCCUUUCAGGUGCAAGGCCUGACAAUGGAACUGAAUGAGCACUGUCUUCAAGCCUCCUUCCUGUAAAUGAUAGGACCAAACAAGGCGGUGUGAUGAACAUGCCACUGCAUCAAAUCUCUGUCAUUCCAGCUCAGGAUGUUACCUCUUCCAGAGUCUCCAGGAGCAAGACCAAAGAAAAAGAGGAACAGAAUGAGAAGGCUUUGGGGCAUUCGGUGAGCCGCUCUAGUAACAUCUCAAAGGCUGGAAGUCCAACCUCUAUUUCUGCCCCUCAUAGCUUCUCUCAGACUUCUGUUACACCAUCCAACCAGGACAUCUGCAGUUCCAGUGCAGUGUUUUCUGAGUGUUGUCAUCACAGUCCAGUGCAGUCUGCUGUUGUCUUGAAAAAUCCUCACUGCCAGAGCCCUCUGACACGAGGGGUCACUGUGACAGUAAUCUGUCAGGACACAUUACAUGCAGCAAAGAGAAACUCCUGUGGACAGGAUUGGGGCCAAGCACUCAGGUCUGCUAAGAAUGUAAAGCCCACCCGCACUCUGAAAUUCUCCAAGUCCCUCAAUGACGUGGACCAGAAGGCGCAGAGCACCAGUGAGUGCUUUGACUAUGUGGAGCGAACAUGCUCCGAAGGCAAAUUGACCCCAACUCAAGAGCAGUGUUUAAGGAUUAAUAAAUUUCACCUUAAUGAGAGGAAACCGCUGAAUCUCAGGCCUCUUUCUUUUACCAAUUCUAAGCACUCGUAUAUGGCUUCCCACUCAAGUGCAUCAGGAGGAGCAGAGAACCGCAGCGCUGUACGUAUCCCCUUGCUAGAGGACAAAGUGGACCAUGACACCUCAAGGAGCAAAAAACUGUUGCGUUACCUUUUUUCCUUCUCCCACACCUCCAGCACCUGCAGCCUGCAUAAGUUCCACGAACUGGAGAACUAUUCCAGUCACUUCCAAGCUGACAAAUCCUCCAGCGUGCUGGUGGAAAGCACAGACUUCUGCUCUGAUGAUAUGGGAGACGAUGACGUCUUUGAGGACAGCACCUCAGUGAAAUUGAAAACAAAAGAGCAGCGGGCGCCUCUCUGUUCAGUUGAGAAGGACAGUGACCUUGACUGCCCUUCCCCCCUCUCAGAAAAAUUCCCCCCUCUCUCCCCUGUGUCCACAUCGGGGGAUACCUGCAGGAUAUGUCACUGUGAAGGAGAUGAUGAGAGCCCUUUGAUUACACCCUGUCACUGCACGGGAAGUCUUCAUUUUGUGCACCAAGCCUGCCUGCAGCAAUGGAUCAAGAGCUCAGAUACGCGAUGCUGUGAACUGUGCAAGUAUGAGUUCAUCAUGGAGACAAAACUGAAGCCUUUGCGAAAGUGGGAGAAGCUGCAGAUGACAGCCAGUGAGAGGAGGAAGAUCAUGUGCUCUGUAACAUUCCAUAUCAUUGCCAUCACCUGCGUUGUGUGGUCUCUCUAUGUCCUGAUAGACAGGACCGCUGAAGAGAUUAAACAGGGACAGACUACUGGGAUUCUAGAGUGGCCAUUUUGGACUAAGCUGGUGGUUGUGGCUAUUGGUUUCACUGGAGGACUUCUUUUCAUGUAUGUACAGUGCAAAGUGUACGUACAGCUAUGGAAGAGACUUAAAGCUUAUAACCGAGUAAUAUAUGUACAAAACUGUCCAGAAACUAGCAAAAAGAAUAUUUUUGAAAAACCUGCACUAAUGGAGCCAAACUUUGAAAGUAAAGAAAUGCUUGGAGUUCACCAUUCAGACACAAACUCUUCACAUUACACAGAGCCAGAAGACUGUGCUGCAGAAAUCCUUCACGUCUGAUUGCUGGGUGGGAGGGGUGUUUCUGUACGUUCUUGAAGAUUUAAAAUAUCAUUGUUUACUGCAAACUGCUCUACCUUUUUAAAAUCAGCUAAGAGCUGAGGGCUGGUGGAUGAGGUUUUUUUACAUUUGUUUUUUAUUGGAAUAUUUUUAAAUCCCUUUGGCAUAUCUGUCAGUGUGAUCAUGGUUGCAUACCUCUCAACGUUUUGUUUCUCGUACUGGCUGAUCAGAGCCACAGGAUACUGGGUAGAAUGAGCAUUGGGUUGGUAUCAAGCAAGCCACUAGUGAACUGUCUUCAACUUCAUGGAGUCUGUUACUUUAGAAGAUGACUCUAAAUGAUUCUGGAAUAUGUGUAGAGUGGGGUUUGUUUGUUUAUUAUUCUUUAAGCAUGAUGAAGGAGGUUGUCCCAGACAUUGAGGGAAAUGAGAGAGCUAGUCUAAUCUACUGCUAACACUGCCACUAACAUUUUGUCUUAGGCAGCAGGUGUAAAAUUUUGCUUUACAUAUUGUGAUGAGACUUACAAAGCAUAUAGCACUUUUAAAAAUCUUUAUUUUGUAAUAUGUAUGUCAAAUGAGAAUGAAACUUGAAAGAAUGUGUCAUUUUUUGAAACAUUUCUUCAUUCUUUACCCUAUCUAUUCUUCUGGAAAGUAAACCUCUUGCCUUAUACAAAAAAAAAAAAAAAAAAAAAAAAGAAAAAUUAAAAAAAAUUCCAACCUGUGAUUUCCAACACAUGCCCUCAUUAUCUUGCUAAACAUAACACUAAAAAACUCUGCCUCUUUGGGUUUCCUUUGAGGAGCAAUUUUUUUCAAAGGAUAUUGCACUUGUGACUUGUGUAUGGGGAGUAAUGGAUGCGUACAGUGUUUAUUUUCAAUGCGUAAUGGUUUCAGUGCUCUGUUUUGGGGAUUGAUUUUGCUUUUUGUUUUUUCAACAAGUCAGAUCAUCAACACACCUGCACAUAUAUACCGGAUGUAACUUUCAUUCCAAACCAUUGACAAAGGGUUUGUUGCCACAUUGGUAAAAAUGUGAGCUGUUAUAGAAAAAAAAAGAUACUUAGUCAAUACAGCUGAGAUUGGUUUUCCUUCUUUAGUGCUUUGUCAUGUGUGAAUUGCGUAAGAAUUUGAUGUCGUCAGAGGAGAUGCUGAGAUCAAAGUCUAGGAAGUAAAUAUUGCAUUAAGUGGAUGAGUUUAAAAAUACCUGCCUGGUUUUAGUCCUGAUGUAAUGCGAUACAUGGUCAGAGAAUAGUUUUGUCUGUGCUUUUGAAUUUGGGACUGGCUUUUUAAUCAGUCAGCCUUAAUGAAAAGAGAGGAACAGCUUUAAAAUCUGUUCGCAGGGCUUCAGACAGAGUUGCCCGAAGCCUGGGGUGUCUACUCUUAAUUUGCUUGACCAAUAUGCUUCAGGAACCACCAUCCAGCCUCAAGCCCUCAUUCAACCAAAGUCUCAGUGUGACUGGAGCAAAAACAAAGCCUCGUGAAAAGUCAGCACACGAGGCCUCUGCAGUUGGAAGCUGACUUUCCCUACCUGAGCCACAUCUAAAUCUCUGUAAAGUCAAUGAUAAUCUUCUGGUUGGUCUUAGUAGGAACUGCCUGGACUUAGUUAGGUAAAAGCUUCUGUUUACUUGAGAUACUGAACUAAAUCUUCAGCUCUUGUUCAGGUUUUACUUAGUCUUUUUCAAGUACAACUUUCAUAGGGCAAGUUCUUUACAUAAUAAAAGUAGUUAAGACUUCCCCAAGAAUAACAGUAAGAGAUUGGUGAUUUUUUCCUUAAAAUGGAAUAUUACUGUAUUUAUAAAUUAAUAUGUUCAAAGAAGGCAGAGAAGGGACUAUGGUAAGAGAACACACACCAGUGGUUUCUAAGAACUGUUAGAGGAUAAGCGCGUGUGUGAGUGCGUGCUGCUGCGUGAUCUCAUGCUUGAAGCUUACUGCCUGUGAUCGUCAUGAACAACAUGGUACCUUAUUCUAGAGAUAUUUUAAAAUACCAAGACCUCUAGGCAGUCCUAGCAAAGCUGCAGUGGCAUGGGUUUGUGUACUGUGCUGGGUGUCAGGAUGUCCCAUGCUUAUGUGAUACAGGCAGACAAACCCUGCAUACCCUGCUAGUAUCGGGACAGCAGUCUUCAUGAUCAUGCGUAUGUAGAGUUUGUUGCCUAUGCCUACCAUAAUUUAAAGUGCAAUUACUCAGGCCCUUUCCUGAACUCUGCUGUGGGUCAUCCUCUUCUGUUAUGAGAACCCAGAUAAUACACUGUCUUGUUUUGUUUUCUAUUUUGUUCUGUGAAAAGAUUUACUAGAUAAACUCAGGUGGGUUAAAUAUCAGGUCUUGCAUACCUUCCUUGUGUUCUUCUGAAAUGCCGGAGUGCACAAGGCCUACCUGUCUGCAAGAUGCUCACGUUACAACUGCAAGACGUGAAGAAUCAUCUGCCAACUGUUGCUGUGCACAUUCUCUUCCUAUCUGUGGCCAGUAGGUGAAAUGAAAAUGAACAAGUUCUGAUAUGAAAUCUGUUUUCCAGCUCAUAUCUAAGAGGCAUUGGUAUGUGACCGAUGUUCUGACAAGUGCCAGUAAGGCAUACCAUAACAUGCUGGUCCCGUUUCCAUCACCGUCAUAUGUGAUCCUUGGUGAAACACUGUGAAAUAUCCUUUGGUAUUUUGGAAGCUCCAUGUGGCACAUGCCAGUUAGUGUUCAGUGUGUUUGGAAUACUGAAGGUUUUUGCUGUGCCCCUGUGUAUCUUGGGAAGAAAAAUCAUCUCCAGCAAAAUCAUCUGGGGAAAAAUAUUUGCAGAUGAAACUGUUGCUGCUAACUAACCAUUCCCUCUCCCUGCAGGUCUUUCCUGAAUGAAAAUAAAAGCCUGACACUUAAGCUCGUUAUACUGCUUAGGAAUGCUUAUACCAGGAAGAGCUGCAGAAGAGAUCCAUCUGUCAGGGGUUUUCAUUUCUGCUGCAUGGUGCCGUCAAAUGGUGUGAGCAGGCCGAAUGGUGCUUUUUCCUUCUUUCUCCUCAAGGAGAUACCGUUGACUUGUUUUCAGCUUCCAGCUGCGAGGCACUGAUGCUAGCUCAGGUGAGCUCUGUCCUUCCCACUCAGAUGUCAGUAAGAGGAGCAACCAGCCUUUUUCAGGUCAGGCUUUCCAACACUUCUUUCUGGCAGCUUUUGAAGUGACUGAAAUAGAAGUCUGACUUCUUUUGGUCCUUGUUUCUUGGCCAAAGUUAGUUUAGGUUACCUGGGAUUUUUCUGAGACCAGAAUUUAAGUAGGAAGGAACACAGGCUUAAUACCAUCUACCAUGAUCACCUCCCUAGAUUGCCAGAGCCUUGCUGAUACAUCCCAUGCCCUUGACAUCUGACCAGUCAUCCAUUCCUAAAUCCUGUCCAAAAAAGCACUGGCUGUGCCAAGGAAAUUUCCCCACUGCGUCAUAUUCGAUAUAUCUGCCAGGUCAUGAACAUGCAUUAUGUUAGAAAUACAGGUGUGUGCUGCAGAAAGUUGAUCCCAUGUAUGAGAUCGUGAGAUGUUAAAUUCCUAUGAAUUCUCAGGACUUUCUUCAAGUGUAACCCUGUAUUUUGGAAGUGGUCAUGGUGUUUAAAAUGUUGCCCUGUGUUCUGAAGAGAUGGCCAGACCUGGGGACAGCUUCCUGUGGCUGAAUGUCAUUGAGAUUGGCUUUGUUUCAGCAGGAGGGAUUCAACAAAUGUUACACUGAGCCUACAAGGAGUUAGAGAAGUGCUGGGCCUCUGUGCUGUACCUGGGAAAUCCUGGGAAGCAAUAGUAACUCCCUGUCCAAGCCCACUUCUCCCAAUUCCCUGUGCUGGUCAGAGCAUCAGUCCCACUUGUGGGAGCUAUAAGGCAGGUGUCUGCUUGGCGUUCUGCUCUUCAGAAACCUUUCAAGUGAUGUGUGAAUAUGGC